AUGACAGAUCCAAAACUAUCUUAUGUCGAUUUAUCAAGAUAUGGAGCCCAAUUACUGAAUAUAAGAGCUCAACUUAACGGAAAAAGAAACAAUAUAUCAACAAAAAGAGACCUAAAUCAAAUCCUACAAUUAUACGCUCAAUCCAAAACAGUUUUGAAAAAAAUCAAUUCCCUUUAUAUUGUUUAUAGUCCACAUGGAGAAUUAUUUGGUCAAUUAUUAAAACAAGCUGAAACAAAUAAAAUUAAAGAACCAGAUUGGAAACAAUUAGAGACUCAAUAUAGUAAUGAUUUAAGUUGGCAUUCUAUUGAACAUGUUGAGGCAUUAUUGAAUCAUAUUAUUGAUAAUAUUGGUCAAGGUUAUUGUCAUAUCUAUGAGUUGAAAAUGUUAGCUGGUUAA